AUGGUAGAAAAAGAAAGACAGAGACAGACAAACAGACAGCCUAUGCCUAUCAAAUUGGUUAUGAAAGAAAAUAAUGCACUGCCAGUAUUUGUUCGAAGUUUGACAGAAUGUGCAAACCGCUGUGUCAGUAAAACUAAAUGUGUUUCGUUCUUUUAUAACCACAUAGAUUCUCUCUGCCAAUCGGAUGGAAAAAUAUAUGUGACUUCUGUUUACAAAAAUGCAUAUUCUUGGAUAUAUUACGAAACGAAAAUGACGAAUGUGGCAGCCUGUAAGUCAGUCAAUAUGAGCUCUGAAUAUAACCCACCUCACCAUUCUCCACAUUACGCAGUGGACGACCAAGUGUUUAAUACGUGGCAUGCUAAAAAGUGUGCAAGUACUAUGAAUGAAUCUACGCCUUGGAUAAACAUUGAUUUGGGAAACACUUUCGAUGUCAACUAUGUCACGCUGUUUAACGUAAUGGGUCCUUCUGGUGGACGUCUUCGUCAUAUUUCUGUUUUUUUGGGUGAGGCAGCUGGACUGUUUCUGGUCUCCUGUGGCAAAUUCGAAGGCCCCGCCGAAAAUGCUGAAGUUGUUCAUGUCGUUUGUGAUACACCUGCACGGGAACAAUUUGUGAAAAUCCAAAUAAACAGUUAUAGUAAUCAAACAGACCUCUUAACUCUGUGUGAAAUCCGAGUUAUGGUUUAGUGUUCUUGUUUUUUUUCCACUAAAUUCCAUAUAAGCACUUUAAUUAACGUGUUUUAUGAUA